GUGUAUUAUUUGUGCGAAUAAAAGCGAAUUUCGCGUAUUCCCAGCUGCAGAUGCAGAUUCGACCCAAAAUUCGUAUCUAAGAAAGUGUCGGUGCGCAAUAUUUUUUACUCGCUAAAGAAAACCCCCCGUGCGGCUAGAACAAACACUACGGUAGAAACGCACACAAAGCGGUACGAAGACGCAGAGCGUGUGUGUUUUUUUUCUAGAAGGAGUGGUACAUUCUCGAUUCUUCCUUGCGAUCGAGACGUUUCUUUUCCGGCCGGGUACUUCAUUCCGCGAAUUUCCUUGCAACUAGGCGCGUUUCCGUUCCGUGCUCGUAUCGUAUCGAUUAGUUCAAAAAGGCGUACACACAAUGGCCACCAAAGAAGAGAAUCUGUCGGAAAGCAAGAAAUUGGCACUGAAAGAAAAGGAUCUCGGCAAUGCGGCAUAUAAAAAGAAGGACUUCGAAACGGCACUGCAACAUUAUCGCGCGGCCCUGACGCAUGACCCAACGGACAUAACAUUCCACAACAACAUCUCGGCGGUAUACUUCGAGCAGAAGCAGUUCCAAAAGUGCAUCGAAGAGUGCGAAAAAGCCGUCGAGGUCGGGCGUGAGAACCGAGCGGACUACAAGCUCAUCGCGAAGGCGUUCACCCGCACGGGCAAUGCGUACCGCAAGCUGGAGGACUACAAAUCCGCCAAAACCUACUUCGAGAAGUCCCUGUCGGAGCACCGGACGCCCGAGGUGAAGUCGCUGCUCAGUGACACGGAGAAGAAAAUCAAGGAAAUGGAAAGACUAGCCUACAUCGAUCCGGCCAAGGCGGAAGAGGAAAAAGAGCAGGGUAACGAGUAUUUCAAGAAGGGCGACUACAGCGCGGCCGUGAAGCACUACUCCGAGGCGAUCAUGCGUAAUCCGGACGAUGCCAAACUGUACAGCAACCGGGCGGCCUGCUACACCAAACUGGCCGCGUUCGAUUUGGGACUGAAGGAUUGCGAGACGUGCUGCCGAUUGGACGAGACCUUCAUCAAGGGCUGGAUUCGCAAGGGCAAGAUCCUGCAGGUGAUGCAGAAGUCGUCGGAAGCGCUCACUGCCUACCAGAAAGCCUUAGAGAUCGACCCGAACAAUGCGGAAGCGCUGGAGGGCUACCGGGCGUGCACGAUGGCCGUCCAUUCCGACCCGAAGGAGGUAUGGAAGAAAGCCAUGCACGACCCGGAAGUGCAACAGAUCCUGAAGGACCCGGCGAUGCGCGUCAUCUUAGAGCAGAUGCAAAACGACCCGAAGGCGGUACAAGAACAUCUCAAAAACCCACAAGUAGCUUCCAAAAUUCAGAAACUUCUGGAGUCCGGAAUCAUUCAAAUCUACUGAACGCGCGCGCUCAUCUAAUGCAUGCACCGUGUGGGACAUUAGGCAACACGACACACGGAACAGCUCCCUUCUAUCUACCAGCAGAAAAAUAUCCUAGACGUUAAGCGAGCGAGAGAACGAGAAAGAGAGAGCGAGAGAGAGAGGAAAAAAGCGUGAAGGUUAAAAGGUAGUGUUUCUCGGAAGUGAAUUGAACACAAAAUGCACCGCUUUCCCGGCCCGGCCUGCUUUGCUUUGUCACGGAGCCAGUUGAAUGUUUACGAGUUCGUUUGAUUUCCCAGCCUAAGGCUCAAUAUUUAUCCUUAUCCUCAACUCGCCAUUGAUCUUUCUGUUGACGCGUAGUGCAAAAAGAAAAUGUUUCACGUAUGAUGAUGCUUGGCAGGUCACCACUACCGGAACUCGACCGUACUAUCGUAACGCAUCCAGAAUUGCCUAGGAACAACUGUUAAGAAUCCGACUAAGCUAGUGUACGUAAGCAUUACUAGUAGUUCAGUAGCCGUAAAACAAUAUAGGGAGUGCGUGUGAGAGAGUGUGUGUGGCUGAGCAGUAAUACGAAAAUAUUAAGUGAUUUAACAAGCGAAGUAACGGAAAAUAAAAUAUUUCUACAACUGAAUAACUGCGCCUCAUCGCAUCGGUCUGGUGUUUUUUUUUAUUUCGUCACGUCUUAUGGU